CAUGAGAACCAGCAACCACUUGAUCGGACUCCUAAACUUCCUAACCUUCCUCCUCUCCCUCCCCAUCAUCGGCGGAGGCAUAUGGCUAACCAACCACGCCAACACCACCGACUGCCUCAAGUUCCUUCAAUGGCCCCUCAUCGUCAUCGGCGUCGCCAUCAUGGUCGUCUCUCUCGCCGGCUUCGGCGGCGCCUGCUACCGCAACACCUUCCUCAUGUGGCUCUACCUCUUCGCCAUGUUCUUCAUCAUCGCCGCCAUUCUCGGCUUCAUAAUCUUCGCCUACGCCGUCACCGACAAGGGCUCCGGCCGCCCUCUACCUAACCGACUCUAUUUGGACUACUAUUUGCAAGACUAUUCUGGGUGGCUCAGGGACCGCGUCGCCGAUGAUGGCUACUGGGCUAAGAUUAGCUCCUGUGUUAGAGACUCCAAUGCUUGCCGGAAAAUUGGCAGAACCGUCGGCGGUUUGCCGGAGACCAUCGAUAUGUUUUACCUUAGACAUCUCACUCCGGUUGAGUCUGGUUGCUGCAAGCCUCCGACAGUGUGUGGGUAUGUGUAUGUGAACGAGACAGUCUGGGAUGUUGGGGGAGGGCUCGUGGGGCCUGAGCCUGACUGUGCAAGGUGGAGCAAUGACCAACACCAACUUUGCUAUGCUUGUGACUCUUGCAAGGCUGGAGUUCUAGCCAGCAUCAAGAAGAGCUGGAGAAAGGUCUUGGUCAUUAACAUCGUUGUCUUGAUCAUUCUCGUAAUCUCUUACGUUGUUGGCUAUGCAGCCUUUCGAAAUAAUCGACGCAUGGAUAAUGAUGAACCUGCUGGUUCUGCUCGCAUGACCAAAUACAAACCGCGUUGGUUUAACAUUUGAUCGAGAAUUUAUAAAACGUGAAAAUAAAGUGCACGUGUAGAGUCCGUGAUUAAUGUAUUUUGUAAUAUGGAACUUGUAUUUUGAUUUGUUUGAAUUCAAAAUAGCA